ACACGAAACGUUCCGGUUUUGUUGUUACAAUGUUGUAGUUGUGUUAUUGAGAACUGUGACCGUUUGUCAGUUAGCGAGUAACGGUCACCGCGGCUAAACCUUUCAAACGUAACUUAGCAACCCGGCUAAAGUCAAACUUAAUGUGAAGUUAAGUCGUUUAAGAGCACGAUAUGAAUAUAUAUAUGUACAUAUAAACAUGAUAUGAUGUGUGCGUGUUUAUAACUUUAUAACAUGGCUUCGGUGGUUUGACAGCCACCUGUUAGGUUAAGCAACAAGUCAUGUCACGUUCGUCAGCCGUCAUGUAGCUAUAUCCAAGAAGUUGAAUACUCGACAAACAUCGAUUUAACUCAACGUGAAACACUUAUAUUACACUAUUAACAUGUAAUAUUAUAUAAUUACACAUAUCAGGGACGUGCUUCUCAGUCUCCCACAGCGUCAACACACAUUUGGUGAACGUAUAGCUACACGUUGAGGACAGUCAGAGGACAAAGGUUUGAGGAAGGUAAAGUUUGAUGUAUCAGGGACUUCGGCAGCUUUCCAGGCGGACCAUCGCGAGCAGUGCACGCAGGCAGGUUGAAAACACUGUGAAGGAAAAACAAAAACUGUUUCAGGAGGACAACGGUAUGCCUAUCCAUCUGAAGGGCGGGUCAAAGGACGCUGUGCUCUACAGAGCCACAAUGGCUCUCACUGUGUUUGGGACUGGAUAUGUCGUGUACUCACUGCUCUCUGCUUCAAUGCCCAAGAAGCCAUAGUGAAACAGGAGUGGGCUUUAUCAUCUAAUGAAACAAUCAUGCACAUGCUGUGUGUAAUUCAUCAACUCUGUUGUGCAGAUUGGUAAUCUGGGAGAUUAUUUGUCCUAUCAAUAAUAUCAGUAUUUAUAAUGUUUAAAGGGAAUAUUUAUUGACUGUACAAAUCGUGUGCUGAAGACAAUAAAAGUAUAUCUAUCUCA